AAAGGAUAUUAUCAUCAGCGUGUGGAUUGUGGGACUUUGAGGCAUAAUUGACAGUUCUAAAUGGGAACGGCUCCUUCGUCGUACAUGGAUUAUUGCUAUAUAAAGCACCAAUCAAAGCACACAAUACUUCCUCGUAUCUGGUUCUUUCCUUGCUUUGCAAUAUCACCCACAUGCUCUUAAACGGGUGGGUGUUUCCUAAGAAUUCAGUUCACGUAAUAAUUCAACAUAGCAUCGAUCAAUCCCUAAGUACACAUCGGUAAAUAUUUCAUCAUUUAUUCUUUUUAAAGUAGUUUCAUGAGUAAAUUUAUCAUAAAUGAGGUAGCAAAAAUUCAAACAUAUAUAUUAUACAAUAUCUAUACCAAAGAGAGAAAAGAAAGAUGUGGAGGUUGAAGAUAGCAGAUGGUGGUAAUGACCCAUACAUAUUCAGCACAAACAACUUUGUAGGAAGACAAAUAUGGGAGUAUGAUCCAAAAGCAGGUACUUUGGAGGAGAGAGCACAAGUUGAAGAAGCUCGUCAGAAUUUUUAUAACAACCGCUUUAAAGUCAAGCUAUGUAGUGACCUCCUUUGGCGUUUUCAGGUUCUUAGAGAAAAUAAAUUUAAGCAAGUGACUGGUGGUGUGAAGAUAGAAGAUGGAGAAGAGAUAACAUAUGAGAAAGCUACAACGACAUUAAGAAGGGGCGCGCAUCACCUAGCAGCAUUGCAAACCAGUGAUGGUCAUUGGCCUGCUCAAAUUGCUGGUCCUUUGUUUUUCAUUCCUCCUUUGGUUUUUUGUGUUUACAUUACGGGACAUCUUGAUUUGGUAUUCCCACAAGAGCAUUGCAAAGAGAUUCUUCAUUACAUAUAUUGUCAUCAGAAUGAAGAUGGAGGGUGGGGUCUACACAUUGAGGGUCACAGCACCAUGUUUUGUACUGCACUGAACUAUAUAUGCCUGAGAAUUCUUGGAGAAGGGCCGGAUGGAGGUCAAGACAAUGCUUGUGCAAGAGCAAGAAACUGGAUUCGUGAUCACGGUGGUGUAACGCAUAUACCUUCAUGGGGAAAAACUUGGCUUUCGAUACUUGGUGUAUUUGAUUGGUCUGGAUGCAACCCGAUGCCCCCUGAGUUUUGGAUCCUACCUUCAUUUCUUCCUAUGCAUCCAGGUAAAAUGUGGUGUUAUUGUCGAUUGACAUACAUGCCUAUGUCUUACUUGUACGGGAAGAGGUUUGUGGGUCGAAUCACACCACUCAUCUUACAGUUGAGAGAAGAAAUUCAUAAUCAACCUUACGAAAAAGUUGAUUGGUUCAAAUCACGUCACCAAUGUGCAAAGGAAGAUCUUUACUAUCCUCAUCCUUUGAUACAAGAUCUGAUAUGGGAUAGCUUCUAUAUAUUCACCGAGCCACUUCUCACUCGUUGGCCUUUCAACAAAUUGAUUAGAGAAAAAGCCCUUCAAGUAAGAAUGAAGCAUAUCCACUACGAGGAUGAGAAUAGUCGAUACAUAACCAUGGGGGCUGUAGAAAAGGCUUUAUGUAUGCUUGCUUGUUGGGUGGAAGAUCCAAAUGGAGAUGCUUUCAAGAAGCAUCUUGCAAGGGUCCCAGAUUACUUGUGGGUUUCAGAAGAUGGAAUGACCAUGCAGAGUUUUGGUAGUCAAGAAUGGGAUGCAGGUUUUGCUGUUCAAGCUUUGCUUGCCACAAACUUAAUUGAAGAAAUUGGUCCUGCACUUGCCAGAGGACAUGACUUCAUCAAGAAAUCUCAGGUUAGAGACAACCCUUCAGGAGAUUUUAAGAGUAUGCAUCGUCAUAUUUCUAAAGGUGCGUGGACUUUCUCCGAUCAAGACCAUGGAUGGCAAGUUUCUGAUUGCACCGCAGAUGGUCUGAAGUGUUGUCUACUUUUAUCAAUGUUGCCUCCUGAGAUUGUGGGUGAAAAUAUGGAACCAGAGAGGUUAUAUGAUUCAGUCAAUCUUCUGUUGUCACUUCAGGGUAAAAAAGGUGGUAUGCCAUCAUGGGAGCGGGCACGAGCUCAAGAAUGGUUAGAAGUACUGAAUCCCACUGAAUUUUUCGCAGACAUUGUAAUUGAAUAUGAGUAUGUUGAGUGCACUGGACCGGCAAUUCAAGCUUUAGUUAUGUUCAAUAAGCUAUAUCCAGAGCAUAGGAAGAACGAGAUAGAGAAUUUCAUUGACAAUGCAGUUAGAUUCAUUGAAGAUACACAAAAAGAUGAUGGUUCAUGGUAUGGAAGUUGGGGAAUUUGCUUCAUUUAUGGUACUUAUUUUGCUCUUGGAGGUUUAGCAGCUGCUGGAAAGACUUAUAGCAAUUCUGUUGUGAUUCGUAAAGCUGUUCAAUUUCUUCUCUCAACACAAAGAGAGGAUGGUGGGUGGGGAGAGAGCUAUCUUUCAUGCCCAAAAAAGAAAUAUAUACCUCUUGAAGGAAGCCAGCAAUCAAAUGUUGUACAAACUGCAUGGGGUCUCAUGAGUUUAAUUUAUGCUGGCCAGGCAGAAAGAGACCUUACUCCUCUUCAUCGUUCUGCAAAAUUUCUCAUCAAUUCCCAGUUGAAAGAGGGUGAUUGGCCCCAACAGGGAAUCACAGGAGUAUUCUUCAAAAAUUGUAUGUUGCAUUAUACAAUGUAUAGAGAUAUUUUCCCAUUGUGGGCUUUAGCUGAGUAUCGUAGAUAUGUUCCAUUGUCUUCCACUGGAGUUAAACUUGAAAAAAAGAUGUGAGCAUAAAAAGGACAAAUGCAUGCAUAUCAAUAAAGAAAGAUACAAGCAAAUAAAUCAAUUAAGUCAAGAUAUUGAUUAAUUUUUUCUC